AUUUCAUAUAGAUACAUAUUUUUUUAUUCAUUUUCCAUAAAAAUAAAAACAUAUUAUUACUAAUUGAAGAGAAAAUAUUAUUUUUUUUAUUUAAAUUAUGAGUUCGAUGCUUAGUCAAUCUUUUACUUCUAUCAGUUGAAGAACAAAUAUUAUUUUUUUCAAAUUAAAUUGAUCAAAUAUCAGUUUUCAAAUUAAAUUAUGAGUUUGAUUUUUAGUCGGUCUUCUACUUCUAUCGAUUGAGGAGUAAAUAUCACUUUUUCAAAUUAUAUUAUGAGUUCGAUUUUUAAUCAGUCUUCUAUGUAUUUCUAAUGAUUGAAGAAUAAAUAUCACUUUUUCAAAUUAAAUUAUGAGUUCGAUUCUUAGUUGGUCUUCUACUUUUGUCGGUUGAAAAACAAAUAUCAUUUUUUUCAAAUUAAAUUAUGAGUUUGAUUCUUAAUCAAUCUUGAACAAAAUAUCAUUUUUUCAAAUUAAAUUAUAAGUUUCAUUCUUAAUCGGUCUUCUACUUCUCUAGCCUACUUGUAAUAAUAAUAAAAAAAAAACAUAAUAUGGACUUAGCUGUUCUCGGAUCCGCAGAUUCUGGGUCUCCCUCCAUAUUUUUUUUUAUCCUAUACUACUUAAUUUAUAUUCAUUUCUAGUCUCAAACAUCCUUUAGUUAUGGAGUUUUCCCAACUAAACUUGUUCAUCCCUCCUUCCUAAUACUAUUACUCUUACCCUUGCAUUAACACCCAAAAAAAUUCAUUCAUCCCUUAAAAUUUUCUCCUUUUUCUAGUUAAUUCUAAUGCGUAAUCAUCACCCAUGGAAGUAUUACCUUCUUCAUACCAUUUUCAUCUUUAUCCUUCUCUUUCCCAUGUCUUCCCUUGCUUUAAACCACCAAGGGGAAGCCCUUCUUUCAUGGAAACAAACCUUAAAUGGGUCAAUUGAGGUUUUGAAUAAUUGGAACCCAAAUGAUCAAAUCCCAUGUAAAUGGUUUGGGAUCAAAUGCAACUCAAAAAAUGAAGUGAUUGAGUUAAACUUAAGGUAUAUUGAUUUAUUUGGGAAUGUUCCUUCAAAUGUCUCUUCGUUAUUGAGUUUAACAAAGAUUUCCCUUGUGAGUACUAAUCUUAGUGGUACAAUCCCAAAAGAGUUGGGUAUGCUCCAGGAACUUAUGUCCUUAGACUUAAGUGACAAUGCCUUAAAUGGUGAAAUCCCAAAUGAAAUUUGUCAUUUACCAAAACUAGAACAACUUUACCUAAACACAAACCAUCUAGAAGGUUCUAUACCUAUUGAUAUUGGCAAUCUAACUAGCUUAACUUGGUUGAUUCUUUAUGAUAAUCAACUAAGUGGUACAAUCCCAACUACAAUAGGGUACCUUAAAAACCUUCAAGUAAUAAGGGCAGGUGGGAAUAAGAAUCUUGAAGGGUCAUUACCCUUAGAGAUUGGGAAUUGUACUAAUUUGGUUAUGCUUGGGUUAGCUGAAACAAGCCUUUCUGGCUCUUUACCUUCAACCAUUGGCAACCUUAAAAAACUCGAGACGAUUGCGAUGUAUACAGCCUUACUUUCAGGCAAGAUCCCACCAGAUAUUGGUGAUUGUACCAAUUUGGAAAGUAUCUAUCUUUAUGAGAACUCAAUCACUGGUUCAAUCCCUUCUAAUUUGGGAAAGUUGAAGAAGCUUCAGAAUUUGCUUUUAUGGCAAAAUUCAUUGGUGGGUACAAUCCCUUUUGAGUUGGGAUUAUGCACAAAUCUUGUUAUUGUUGAUUUGUCAUUGAAUUCAAUAACAGGUAGUAUUCCAUCAUCAUUUGGGAACUUGACAAAUUUGCAAGAACUUCAGUUGAGUGUGAACCAGAUUUCUGGGUCACUCCCUUCUUCUUUGGGAUCAUGCAAGAGUCUUACACAUAUUGAGAUUGAUAACAAUCAAAUUUCUGGUAUGAUUCCAUCUGAGUUGGGAUUGUUGACCAAUCUUUCUCUGCUUUUUUUGUGGCAAAACAAGUUAGAAGGGAAUAUCCCAGAAAGUUUAGGAAAUUGCAAGAAUUUGGAAGCUAUUGAUUUUUCAUCAAAUAGUUUAAAUGGGGUUAUUCCAAAAGGGAUUUUUCAGCUGAAAAAACUCAAUAAAUUGUUGUUAUUAUCCAAUGAUUUGUCGGGUUCUUUACCAGAUGAGAUUGGGCAGUGUAGUUCAUUGGUAAGAUUCAGGGCAAGUAACAAUAGACUCACUGGGGAUAUUCCUCGAACAGUUGGUGGGCUUAAAAAUUUAAACUUUUUAGAUCUUGGGGAAAAUAGGAUUUCUGGGGUUAUACCCGAAGAAAUUUCUGGGUGUGGAAAUCUUAGUUUUAUCGAUUUACAUUCCAAUUCAAUUUCUGGGGUUUUGCCUGUGAAUUUGAGUUCUUUGUCUUCUCUUCAAUUUAUUGAUGUUUCCGAUAAUAUGAUUGAAGGGGAAAUAAGUAAAAAUAUUGGGUCUUUGAAUUCGUUGACUAAACUUGUUUUGGGGAGAAAUAGGUUAAAUGGGUCAAUUCCUAAUGAAAUCGGGUCUUGUUCAAAGCUUCAAAUGAUUGAUCUUGGGGGUAAUCAAUUUUCCGGCGAGAUUCCGGCAAGCAUUGGUAGUAUUCCAGGGCUUGAGAUUGCUUUGAAUCUGAGUUGGAAUCAGUUUUCCGGCAAGAUUCCGGCGGAGUUUUCAUCGUUGACUAAACUUGGGGUGCUUGACCUUUCCCACAAUAAGUUGUCCGGGGACCUACAUUCCCUUGAGGCGCUUCAAAACCUUGUGGUGCUCAACAUUUCCUAUAAUGAUUUCUCGGGUAGUGUGCCUGAUACGCCGUUUUUCUCAAAAAUCCCACCUUCGAUGUUUGCCGGGAAUGUGGGACUUUGUCUUAGUAAUGGUCAAAGGUGUGCCACCGGGAGGGGUGGUGUCGGGAAAAGGGCGAGGGUAGUGAUGGUGGUGCUUCUUUCGGUGGGGGCAAUACUUCUGGUGGCCGCCCUUUACACUAUCUUUAGUGGGGGGCAAUUUUUACGCAGGGCACACCAAAGCGACUUGGAGUGCCCAGAUGAUGACGUGGAAAUGUGCCCUCCUUGGGAGGUCACAUUGUAUCAAAAACUUGACCUCUCGAUAUACGAUGUUGUUAGGUGUAUGACACCUAACAAUAUCAUAGGUCGAGGAAGGUCUGGUGUGGUCUAUCGAGUAUCCCUCCCUUCGGGCCUCACUAUCGCAGUCAAAAAGUUCCGUUCAUCAGAUAAGACCUCGGCAGCAUUUUUCUCGUCGGAGAUAGCCACCUUAGCUAGGAUCCGACAUCGGAACAUUGUUAAGUUAUUGGGUUGGACAGCUAAUAGGAAGACUAAGCUUUUGUUUUAUGAUUAUAUGAUCAAUGGCACUCUUGGUGAAUUGUUACAUGAGAGCGACACAAGUAGUAAUACGGGCACAACCGUUGUGGUCGAGUGGGAAACCCGAUUCAAGAUAGCUUUGGGGGUAGCUGAAGGGCUCGCAUAUUUGCAUCAUGAUUGUGUACCGGCUAUUGUACAUCGAGAUGUUAAAGCACAUAACAUAUUAUUGGGUGAUCGAUACGAGGCUUGCUUAGCAGAUUUCGGUCUUGCUAGGCUUGUCGAAGAUGAAAGCGGAUCAUUUCCCGAAAACCCUCAAUUUGCUGGAUCAUAUGGCUAUUUUGCUCCAGAGUGUGCAUGUGCCGUAAGGAUCACAGAAAAGAGCGAUGUAUACAGUUUUGGAGUAGUAUUAUUAGAGAUCAUUACAGGUAAAAAGCCUGCGGAUCCAUCCUUUUUAGACGGGCAACAUGUAAUUCAAUGGGUUCGAGAACACUUGAAGAGUAAACACGACCCUGUCGAGGUGAUUGACUCCAAGCUCCAAGGUAACCCGGACACACAAGUCCAAGAGAUGCUUCAAGCACUAGGAAUCGCUUUGCUAUGCACUAGCAACCGAGCAGACGAUAGGCCUACAAUGAAAGAUGUCGCUGUUUUAUUGAAAGAGAUUAGACAUGAACCAUCACAAGGCAAUGAGGGCUAUAAACCGACAAGCAACACUUCGAAAAAGCAAGAAAAUACAUCAAACUCAUCAUCGACAUCGGUCACCCCCUCACAAUUGUUGCUUAUGCAAGGGUCGUCGAAUAGUUUAUCGUCGUUAGCUUACACAUCUUCCUCCCCAACUUACCCAUCACAUAUUAGUCAAUAAUACCAUUAUGUGGUUAUUUAUAUUUGAUUUAUAAAUAUGUUUUUCUAAUGAUAGAUAGACAUUAUAGUAGGGUUACAUUGCCUUGAUAAAGAAAUGUAAAAAGUUAGCUAGAUAAGUGACAUUAGUCAUUAUCUUAAGAUAGUGAUGUGGAGAUGAACAAUACUAGUGUAUAGUACAUUGAUGUCAUUUGUUUUUGGUGAUUCUACCGGAUAUAUUUAUUGAUCAAAUGGUGUCAAUUUUGAC